AUGCAUUCUUUGCCUAGAUUGACUAAUUAGAGCAUAAACUGCCAUAUAAACAAUUAAUAAGACUGUUUGAGUGGUAGAAGAUUUCAACUUGGUGAAAAUGUGCUCUAUAACAUUCAUAAACAAGCUUUAUAGGGAUAUCUGAAGUCUGGAGUAAUUGAUUAGAAGAUAGUACAAUUAAAUUUAUUGAAAAUGAGCAAACUAAAUAGUUAUGAUCUCUCUGUAUUGAAAGAUGUUUAUUCAUAACCUAAUUCAAGUAGACUGGAUUAAUAAUAAGCAAAUGUUAUAUUAUCUAAAGUAAGUUUUAAUCAUUUAAAUAUAAGAUAAAAACACAAAGGAACCCGAAGAGCAUAAAUUUUAAUCAAAAGAAUUAAAAUGAGUUGAGUUAAGAAGAAAUCGAUUUUAUGACAAUUGAGGAAUAAUUGUAUUAUUUAUCACUUAUACCUUAGAAAACAGUGCUUAAGAUCUAAAAUAAAUACUUCUAAAGUGUUCAAUGGAACCUACUUAAUAGAUCCAACAAUAAAUGAUCUUAAAAAAAUAAGUUUACAAGGAAAGAGAUAGUUACAUCAUCUGUUAAGUAAAGAACCAUAAAAGAAAUUAAAUAAAAAAGCCUCAUUAUUACAAAGGUAAUCUAGCAUAGUAAAUCCAUUACAAUAUCGUAAACCAUCAAUUCAAGGUAUGGAAGUGGAGGAUGUUACUUAAUACAUGUCAUCCAAAAUAUUGGAAUCUAAAGCUAACAUUGAACAAUUAGUUGAGCGACUUAAAUAACCAGAAAUAUCUGAAAAACAAAAGUAUUUCUUUGAUCUUGUAUAAAAUUGUGAAUGUAAAGCUCUAAAUUCUCUGAUUUAAGAGAAAUCCUUUGAUUAGUCAAUUAUUAAUACACCUGAUUAAGUAAUUUUGUGAAAAAUAAUAUUAGAAAGGAUUCUAUGCAAUUCAUAUAGCUAUCAAGAAGUAAAACCCAUAGUUGUUUAAGCUUCUGAUAAAGAAUGGUGCAAGAACAAAUAUAUUAACAAAGAAUGGAAAAUCAUUACAAUAACUCAGUGAACUGUAUCAAAAUUAAGAAAUUAUGGAAAUCCUAGAAACUUAAAAAUAUUAUAAAUGA